CUGGUGCUGACCACCACCAGGCUGUCCUGUGCACUCAUCCAGCCAGACACCAUCAUGUCUCUAACCACAAAUGAGAGGACCAUCAUUCUGGCCAUGUGGGACAAGAUAGCCACUGAGUCGGAGGAGAUUGGCAGAGAGACACUGGACAGGCUCCUCACCGUCUUCCCGCAGGCCAAGACCUACUUUCCACACUUUGACAUGAACUCGCGCUCAGCUCAGCUGCGAGCUCAUGGCGCCAAGGUCAUGUCGGCCAUAGGCGACGCGGCCAAGAACAUUGACAACGUGUCGGGCGCCCUGGCCCGCCUCAGCGAGAUGCACGCCUACAUCCUGCGCGUGGACCCCGUCAACUUCAAGCUGCUGUCCCACUGCCUGCUGGUCACCCUGGCCACGCACUUCCCCGCCGACUUCACUGCCGAGGCGCACGAAGCCUGGGACAAGUUCAUGUCGCUGGUGUCCUCCGUGCUGACCGAGAAGUACCGCUGAGCCCGCGGACCCGCACCAGGGACCCCACUCCCUGCCCCGACCCCACUUUUCCUCCUGUCUCCCAAUAAACAGAUUGGAUGGAAA